UCUAGGACUCGAGGAUUAUAGCUAUGGAAUCUGCAUUUGUCACACAGCAGCUGCAACCUGGUUAUUUCAGAACGACGAGGGCAGAGUCCACAAGCGCGCACACACACAGUAUGCCUGUGUAUGAGGAGGGGGGGGCUGCUUGAGACACGAAGACCAAGCCAGCAGUUGCUGAGCGGCUGCCUAGUUUGAGAGAGUGUCUGCCUGUUCUUCUGCUCUCGUCUCGCUUUUCUGUUGCCUCGCUCUCUCUCUCUCCUAUCUCUCGCCGUACCCUCCUUACGUUUGGAUCCAGCGGGGGAAUAAAGCAGGGAAGGAAGGCAGGAAGAAGCUUCGCUCUCCCUGAUCCUCCUCAUCAGAGCACCGGCAGAGCAGUGAGGAACCAAUGGUCAUGGUGAAGGAGAAAGUGGCCCAUCCACAGGACCCUCACCACCCCCCCGGAAAACUGGUCAUCGAGUGCUAUAAGUGUGGGGAGCCAUGCAAAGGAGAGGUUCUUCGGGUUCAAUCCAAACUUCAUAUAAAAUGUUUCACAUGCAAAGUGUGCGGUUGUGACCUGGCCCAAGGCGGGUUCUUCAUGAAGAACGGGGAGUACCUGUGCACGUUAGACUACCAGAGGCUUCACGGCACUCGCUGCAAUGGAUGCGGAGACUUCGUGGAGGGAGAGGUGGUCACGGCUCUGGGGAAGACCUACCACCCUGCGUGCUUUGUCUGCACCAUUUGCAAACGACCGUUUCCUGCUGGCGACCGAGUCACUUUUAAUGGAAAAGACUGUCUGUGCCAGUGCUGUGUCCAGCCAACAUCCCCAACCCCCAAAGACGUCAGCACCACUAGCAACUGUGCAGGAUGUGGCAGGGAUAUAAAGAACGGUCAGGCUCUUUUGGCCUUGGAUAGUCAAUGGCAUCUCGGCUGCUUCAAGUGCAAAGCCUGCGGAAAGGUGCUGAGUGGAGAGUACAUCAGCAAGGAUGGUGCUCCGUACUGUGAGAAAGAUUACCAGAUCCAUUUUGGCGUCCAGUGCGAGGCCUGUCAUCAGUAUAUCACAGGGAAAGUUUUGGAGGCAGGAGAUAAGCACUACCAUCCCAGCUGUGCACGAUGCAGCAGGUGCAAUCAGAUGUUCACGGAGGGAGAGGAGAUGUACCUGCAGGGUUCUACGGUAUGGCAUCCAGACUGUAAGAACAGCAGUAGAGUGGAAGAGAAGUACAGACCCACAGGGUCAUCGUCUGAGAGUAUCUGUUCCAGACCUGGUUCGAGCAUCCCUGGAUCUCCAGGUCACACAAUCUAUGCAAAAGUAGACAAUGAGAUUAUUGAUUACAAGGACCUAGCAGCCAUCCCCAGAGUAAAGGCCAUUUAUGACAUAGAGCGUCCAGACAUGAUUUCAUAUGAGACCCUCCAUUCCACCACCUCUACCCUGGACAGACAAGGAAAGCACACCCCAGGAGAGAGUUGUCAGAGCAAAGCGUCAACUAACAUCAAAUCUGAAAGUGCAGAUAGUCUGUCUAAAAAUUGUCUUGGCACAGCAUCAGGUGGCAGCCCCCUAAGAGGCCGAGCCACAACCCUGCCACAAGACCCCUCCACACUGUCCACCGAAACAUCUCCGAGGACGCUGUCUCCCACCCCUUCUGCUGAGGGCUGCUAUGACACGAGGGAACGCAUCAUUCAGCGAUCCACCAGUCAGGGCUCUAUCGGCUCUCCGGUCUAUCACCGGCACAACUACAUACCGCCCAUAUCCAAAUCUCCACAGCACUUUCACAGACCAGGAAUGCUGAAGCUCUGUUCUUCCUUACGCUCCAGCCACAGCGAUACGCGCCCCACCUCCCCUUUCCGACAUCACUUCCUCCCCCACAACAAAGGCACUGAGCCGUCCAGUGGCCGGAGUUCUCCCCUUUCCUCUCGGCCGGCCACCCCGACCCUCUCUCUGACCCCUAAACAUUUCCACAUCCCAGACCAAGGCAUUAACAUGUAUAGAAAACCACCAAUCUACAAACAGCAUGAUUCAGCUGCCCUGGCAGCCCAAAGCAAGUCUGCCGAUGACAUCAUCAAAUCAUCCAAGUUCCCUGCUGCCCACGCCCCUCGACCGGAAGAAACCCCAAAGAUUGAGACGGACUACUGGCCGUGCCCUCCAUCCAUCGCUGCUUUAGGUUCAGAUGGCCGGAGUCGCUCACAAAACGAAGAGGAGGAGGAGCAUUUGAAACGCAGGCAACUUCAGGAAGAACAUCUCAGCAAGAUUCAGUCUGGUCUUGGGAAGCUCAUUCUGAAGGAAGAAAUGGAGAGGGAAUUGACCAGAGAGAAAUACACACGCAGUGUUGCCGCCCAACGCUUUGAUUCCCAAUACGCAAACUGUAUCACAGACUCACAAAGCUCCAAAACAUCAUCUCUACCGGGAUAUGGACGCAAUGGCCUUUAUCGACCGCAAUCUACCGAACUUUCGCAGUAUAACAGUUAUGGGGAUGUGUGUGGAGGACGAAGAGAUUUUAAGCCCACCCAAGAUGCCCAAGAUUCCAUUACAAGAAUGGACAGGGGAAUGUCCAUGCCUAAUAUGUUGGAAUUUAAAGUGUACCCAUGUGAAAUGCUCACUGUCGCCAACAGAGGGCGUACUAAGCUCCCGAAGGACGUGGACAGGACGAGAUUGGAGCGCCACUUGACUCCCGAGACGUUCUUUGACACCUUUGGAAUGGAAAUCCACGAGUUUGACAGACUUCCGCUUUGGAAGCGCAAUGAUAUGAAGAAGAAAGCGAAACUCUUCUAGAUAACUGUGCAUGUUUUAAUUUAUCAGUCACUCAUAUGAUGUAUAAGAGCUCUGAUUUCCUUGUUUUUAUUCUUUGUUGUUUUUUUUCGUAUGCAUUCAACAUGCACAACAAUUCUGCUUCACUAAGCCCACUCCUUAUUUUUCCCGAAUCGACAGUUUGAUAUGAACGUGAGGUUUCAUUGAGCCGAUGGUGUCCUUUGCACUCAUUAAACCCGCUUCCAUAGAUUCCUCCUCCAUGCACCUCUUAUAAAACAGGACUGUGACUUUUUAGAUGAGGGACCGGGGGCUGUCAGCGGGGCUCUCCCUCUAAACAGGCUGUUAAGGUGGUGAAGUUGAAGGCAUCCCUGGAGACCCCUGCUGCUACAGACCUAACCAGAGCUUUCAUGUGCGUUAAACUGGGGAAAUGAGUUCUACUGAAGAUGUUUCCACCUGCGGAGUCAAAGCCCCAAGGCUCAUCCGAGUCCCGGCUCUGGAAAGCAUUAGAAAGUGUUGAAAGUGAGGUCGGCGUUCGUUCCCAUCAGACCUCUGCCGCCUGAACACAGUCUACAAAAACUAAACGUAAAGUAGCUCGCAUGUUCUCGCCAAAGUCUAAAACAGUACCUGAGAUAGAUAAGUUCUUUAUAUACAAUUCUUUUGUCUGAUGAUGUCAUAAGAGGUUGUGGUGAAUAUUAUGAAUAUUUAGAAAAUGAAGCGUAAAUAAUUCCUUUUUAAAAUGGUUAUUGACGUCUUUCACCGCUAGAGGCCAGGCUCGAGUCACACUCGGAUUGGUCCUCUUCUGCACAGUCCUCAGACAGUCUGUUUAUUUUGACCACAGUUGGGUCCUUUCUGCAAUAUUUAAUAGCAUAUCGUUUUGAAUAAAGUAAAAAAAAGCUUUUGAAAUGACUUCCUAGGAGGUUCCAAUACUGCCACUGUGUUGCCAUUGGGAUUGACGGAGAUGUAGCCAUAGCAUCUGUGCCGGGUGUUUAUUCAUACUGCUGCCGAAUAAUGCCGUUCCCAUGGACUCUGUCUCGACUUGCAGACGUGCUAUGGAAUGCCGUCAGGUAUUAUUCCCGACAGCUUCCUGUAUUCCUAACAGGGUUAAUGACAGAGAGCUAGGACAUAUUACAGCAUUGUGCUUUUAUAGUCACAAAACACACAAGUACAAGGAGUGUGGUUACUAGAAUCAGCCGUGUAUGUCUCUUUAGAGUUGGUUUUGAUACCCCUACUGUGUACCUCACCUUUUCUGUCUUUUUUGAGGGAAGGAUUGGGUGUUAAAAGCUCUGCUGAGUAAUAAAACUCUGCCUCAGAACGUA